GAUAAACACAGGUGAAUUUUUGGUUGUAAAUCACUGAGAUUGUUAAUCGAAAGCGUUUCGUCUUUUCGAGGGAAAGAAUUUCCAACGAUGUCAAAUAGGAAGCGAAAGCAGAGGCCACCUGAGAGGUUCAGUGAAGACAAGCGAGCAGAAUUGACCUGGAACAUGCUUGAUUUCCAUUUGCCGGCUUCAGGCUCCACUUACCAGACCACGAUGAAUUUUAUUGAUUCCUCUUCAGUCAAUGAUGAAACUAACACUCCAACAGCUUCGAGUCCUCGGAAGAAGAAGAGACAAAAGGCAUUUGAUCGUAACAGAAGCAUCGAGCUCAAUCUGGAAAACUCUUACCCGCAAACCUGUGUAUGUCAGUUAGGUUUGUUUAACAUCAAUUUGUGCACGAGUGAAACGCAACGUGAUGAAUUGAAAUCACAGAAUGGAACUGGUAUCUCUGAUGACUUGUGGACUGUGGAUUGUUAUCACUGCGUCGUGAUAAAACUUUCCUUUGAGCCACAGCAUUCAAUAACAGAUGACAAGAACUUGUUUGAGUUAAAUAAUGGCAGCUUGAGACAUGCCUCUUUUAAAGCAACAGUUCCUUCCGUUUCCACACAUCAACUCGAAGCAUUAGUUUACCUGCAAAACAAAGGUGUGAUUUCCCUAGUGCUGAAACCAGAGCAACAUAUUUUAAAAGAAAGCUGGGAAGUUGUUGUGUGUUUGAAGGAGGAUGGCUUAACCGAGAUGUCUUCUGCAUGCGCUGAUGUCAAAAAUAGGAAAAUAGACCAGUUGAUGAAAGUGUUAAUAGAAUGGUUUUAUAACAUAUCUGCAAGAGGUGAUGACUCUGUUUUGCUGGACUGCAAUAAUGCAGGAGUAGACAAAGGUUUUGAUGAACUUUACAAUGCUAUCAAGGUAGUUCGCGAAAGCAAUUGCUUGUCCACGUCUGUACCAAGGUCUUCUCUCUCAAACACACCCCUUUGCCAUGUACUUGAUACAGACAAAGAUAACAAUUGUAGUCUUAAUGCAGAAAUCAACAGAUGUAAUGGAGCAAAUGAUUUUGAUGUACAGCAUCCUCAUCUCAGACCUGUACUAAGAGGUUAUCAAAGAAGAGCUGUUGAAUGGAUGUUACAGAGAGAACUUGCUCAUCAAGUGACAUCUGGAUGUCAAAGGAAAGAAAUUGAUGCUCAUAGUCUUCACCCAUUAUGGCAGAAAAUUCACAGUUUGGAUGGAAAGAUGAUUUACUACAGUCCUUAUACUGGAAGACUUACAAAUGAAAGAUUCUGCCAGCCAUCCCUGCCUCUUGGAGGAAUUUUAGCUGAUGAAAUGGGUCUUGGAAAGACAGUGGAGGUGAUUGCAUGUAUUUUGUGUCAUUCAAAGCCUUCAUCAGAGGUCAAGUCAAUUGAUUACACAUUAACAGCUUCUGAACCACACACAGACACAUCGAGUACAUGUAACAGCAUGAUACAAGAAGGCUCUAAAUCAAAACUUGCGGAGUGUGAAAAUAAUGACUGUGAUGAAGCUGUUACAGGCCAUAGCUCAAACAAGGAGCCAACUUUGUGUGAGAAUUCACCACCUUUAUGCAAUGGUGAUAUUGCCAGAGAAAUGAAGGGAACCACAGAAAAAGGUGACAGUUCAAGUUAUGACUCAGGUCACAGCACAACAUCAUCUAAUGAAGAUUCAAAUGAGCUUGCUCUUGGUACAGAUGGACAAAAAAUGGCUAAGACAAAUUCAGAUAUUUAUACAUCAGAUGAAGAAAGUGCCACACAGUUUAUGAAAUGCCAGUGUAUCUGUGGUGUAAAUUUGGCUAGUGUUGAUGACAAAUUGCUGCAGUGUUGUGAAUGCCAAGCAGUGUUUCAUGCUACAUGCCUUGGUUAUGAUUUUCCUGGUGGCUUUUUAUGCCCUCAUUGUUCCGUAAGUAGACCAGCCACUCCAUCCAGAGCAACACUGAUCAUUUCUCCUGCUCCAAUUGCCCAACAAUGGGUGGAGGAAAUCUCCAAGCAUACACAACCAUCCACAGUUAAAUUGCUGGUUUAUGAAGGUGUGGCCAAGAUGGGUUUUAUUCCCCCUCAAGUCCUUGCAGAUCAUGAUGUAAUCUUAACAACAUAUUCAACUCUGAGAUCAGAUUUUUAUCACUUAGGAUCUAAGCAAGGAACUGGUGGGCGGUCUAUGCGAUUUGAGAAGCGGUAUGUGGCAUUACCAAGCCCUCUCACGGCUGUCAUGUUUUGGCGGAUUUGUCUUGAUGAAGCUCAAAUGGUGGAGAGCACAACAGCUAAGGCAGCUGAAGUGGCUUUAUGUUUACACAGUGUACACAAGUGGUGUGUCACAGGGACACCAAUACAGAAAGGACUUGAAGAUAUUUAUGGUCUGCUGUUGUUUCUUGGGGUGGAUCCUUACUGUCAUCAAAAAUGGUGGAAGAGCUUACUGUUUGAGCCUUACAGGAACGGAAAUAAACAACCUUUGUAUGAGCUUUUAGCCAAAAUCUUGUGGCGAAGUGUAAAGAAGGAUGUCAUCCAUGAGAUUCAACUACCAGAGCAGGAUGAGAAAGUAAAAUGGCUGACAUUUUCCCCUGUAGAGCAACAUUUCUAUCAUCGUCAGCAUGAAGAAUGUGCAAACACUGCAAUGAAGAUGCUGAGUCACUGGGAGAAAAGAGAUACAAUGCUAAGUGCUAUUGACAGAAACACCGUGCAUCUGUUGUUGAACCCUUUGUUGCGGCUGCGGCAAGCAUGUUGUCAUCCACAAGCAGUGAGAGGAGGCUUCCUGUCCAUGCAAAAGAGCACUCUUACCAUGGAUAAACUGCUUGAAAGUUUGAUAUCCAAAGCAAAGUUGGAAUGUGAAGAAGCACAUCGACAGCUCUUGUUUGCUUUUAAUGGUCUUGCUGGCAUUCACAUUUUAAAAGAAGAGUGGCCAGAAGCUGUUGAAAUGUACAGGGAGGCAACAAGAUCUUGGACAGAACAUGAAGAAACCUUCAGAACAGAUGCACUACAGAAAUUACACACCUUGUUCAACUUGUCAGAUGUUCUCAGUCAGCAGCACCCAGGCUGUUCACAUACCUUGCGAGAUGACAAAUUGCCAGAUGACGUUAAGGAACUUAAGAAUGCUUACACAACAAGAGUGAAUCUACAGGUGGACAGCGCUAAACAAAACCUUGAUGCUGCCCAGUCAAGCCAUGCUGAGACAAGGCAAAAAGUUGAUAUGCAGUCUCCUUGGUGGGUUGAAGCUCUUCAUUCUGUGGCAGAAAGAGGACUUGAUACUGACCUAUGUCAAAGAGUCCAAGAUGAAUUGUCAUCCACUGACAUGGAUCUGGGUUCUAUUGGAAGAUUUAAGGACCUUCAUGGACUACAGUAUAUUGUUUCCUCUAAGUUAGAAUUGAUCGAGUCUACUCAUAAUAACUUGUUGGUAUCCCUGGACAAGCUUGGUGUGCCUGCAACGCCGCAGAUGGUAUUGGCUAGUGCUGAGUGUUGUUUGAGGCCAGCUCAGAAUAGCACUGCUGAAAGGUGCGCCUUUUGUCAGGUGGAUGAUAUUUUUACAGAAUAUGAAUCACGAAUAUUUGGCCAUCAAGGAAUGAAGGGCGUCGAUGAGCAUAAUUCUCAGACUGACGACACACUUGAUUGGCAUCGCCAUGGCAACACAGGAGGAUUACGCGCGGAGUCUGAGGUUGAGAAGGUCCUAAAAGUGAUACAUAACUUUAUCAAGACUCAUAAAACUGGGUCAACUGCACAUCUGCAACAAGAAGGUCGUUUGCACUUGAGCUUAAUUGAUGGUCUGAGAAAAGAAUUUAAGUUUCUGAGAGCUCUGUGGUUUGCUCUGCGAGAGCGUAUCUCUUGUCUUGACGAACUGGACAUGUGUACAACUCGCCUUAGGCUUUUGCUGCCAGGAGAACCCGUCACAGAUGAUAUCCACGUGAUUCAUCCUUUACAGAUAGAGCAACAGCGCCUUAAGUUCAUGUCCGACAGAGUUGUUGCACAAACUGAGUUGAGGAAGAAGCUCGGUCAACUUCUUUAUCUCAAAAAUUUGGCGAAGACCCAAACCAGUCAUGACGGAAAGAACCCGGAACCAUGUCCAGUUUGCACCAAACUGCUAGGAGUCCAGUGGAGCGUUUUCUCAUGUGGACAUUGCAUUUGCUGUCGGUGCUCCUGGGUACUCUUGCGGCAGGCUGGAAUUGGUCCCCGACAUAGGAACGUACACGUGAAGUGUCCGAUGUGCCGGAUACCUACUCUUGCGCAAGAAAUUUCCUACGUCAGCACCGGAAGGAGUCAGGACAAAGAUACAGAGGAGAAUGUCACUGUCAAGGGAAGCCAUUCUACAAAAGUUGAAGCUGUUGUGCGCACAUUGUUGGCUAUUAAGUCGGCAGACAAUACGGCAAAGAGUCUUGUGUUUUCUACGUGGCAAGAGGUACUUAGUGUUUUAGCCCAAGCUUUGGACGAGAAUGGAAUCAAAUAUAAACACAUUACUGGCAGCCGACUUUUUCAGUCAAACCUUCAGACGUUCAAACAGGAUUCCUCGGUAGGCGUUCUCCUCCUGCCUUUACAAACCGGGUCUAACGGUCUCAAUAUCAUCGAGGCGACACACGUGUUGUUAGUAGAGCCUGCGAUGAACCCCGCCCAUGAGCUACAGGCUGUGGGGCGUGUGCACAGAAUUGGACAAACUAAACCCACCCACGUGUACCGCUUUAUCAUACAAGGAACUGUCGAGUCCCGGAUGUACUCCUUGCUGCAGUCUAAGCCAACGAGUUGUGUUAGGACUGGAGCGCGUGACAGUGAGAAUGCCAGUCUGACGCUUAGUGACCUCGCCUCACUGUUCACUCAAGAUGAAGAACGCGACGAGGAGCAAGGCGUGACGGGAUCGUUCCUGUUUUAUGAACCAACAGACGCCCUUUCUCCUGAUUAACAGCGCACGUUUACACUUGCUAUUGUCUUAGAAGUGUAGAUACAAGUGGUUUAUUUUUCAGGCUUAAGUCAUUUUAUUGACAAGAAUAUAACUAAACAAUUCGUUAAUGUUAGAACUUGCUUUGUUGGUGCUACACCAUUUUUUAAUAGAAGAAUAUAAAGUGUUCCUUUUUUAGCGAUUUCGUAAGAAUGAAGAAAGAAAAAUGCAAGUAAAUAAACAAUUUUUUUUCUGAAAA